UUUGACACAAUUGUCAGGCUGUCGGGAGACGAGUUAUUUCACGGACACCAUCGCGUUAUACUCAUGACCCUUCCGGCCAUUAACUUUAUAAAGUAACGUCUAUUUUCAGAAAUUGUGUCAUUGGUAUAUAGUGUAGCCGAAAAUGACGUCAUCUAGAUAAACGCGAAUAGUACAGGCAAGCAGAGUUGGGUUGUGUACAAGCCAGACCAGACACACGAUCGGAACCUAUCUAUCGGCAAAUAAAUACUGUUAUUGAUCAUUUUAAUAACCAUGGACUCAGACGAGGAUUUCUUGUAUGAUGACGACGAAGAUGAGGCGGAGGCCGGGUCCAGUAGUGUGGAAGACGAUCAUUUUGACAUGGGAAUUGAGGCUGAACCAUCAGUUCAUACUGACCAUCACGAUCGGGAGGACGAAUUCCCAUUCGAAGUUCUUACUCCUGAUAAAAUCGUCCAGCACAUGGUAGAUUGUAUAAAAGAAGUGAAUGUGGUUGUAGAGAUACCAGCUACUAUUACUAGAAUUUUAUUGAAUCAUUUCAAAUGGGAUAAAGAAAAAUUAAUGGAAAGAUAUUAUGGAGAAGAUCAAGAAAAAUUGUUUGCAGAAGCACAUGUUGUUAACCCACAUAGAACAUCAUCAUCAGCUAAACAAACUAGAUCGCAUAUGAAUACAAGGUCAUCAUCACUAUUAGCAGCUGCCGAAGUAGUAUGUGAAAUUUGUUUGAGUAGUUUUUCUCAUUCGUGUUUGACCGGUUUGGAGUGUGGUCAUAAAUUUUGUGUAGAAUGCUGGACAGAAUAUUUAACUACCAAAAUCAUGGAAGAAGGCAUGGGACAAACUAUAUCCUGUGCUGCCCAUGCCUGUGAUAUUUUAGUAGACGAUGCUACUGUUAUGAAAUUAGUCAAAGAUGGUAAAGUAAAACUAAAAUAUCAACAUAUUAUCACCAAUAGCUUUGUGGAAUGUAACCGUUUAAUGAAAUGGUGCCCUGCGCCAGACUGUCCAAAUGCUGUUAAAGUUAUUUAUGUUGAUGCAAAACCUGUGACAUGUGCAUGUGGACACAUAUUCUGUUUCAAUUGUCAGGAGAAUUGGCAUGAUCCAGUUCGGUGUAAGUGGUUGAGGAAAUGGAUAAAGAAAUGUGAUGAUGACAGUGAGACUUCCAAUUGGAUUGCUGCUAAUACUAAAGAAUGCCCUAAGUGCCAUGUAACUAUAGAGAAAGACGGUGGAUGUAACCAUAUGGUUUGCAGAAAUCAAAACUGUAAAGCUGAUUUCUGUUGGGUUUGUUUAGGCCCUUGGGAGCCACAUGGUUCAUCCUGGUAUAAUUGUAAUCGUUACAAUGAGGAUGAAGCGAAGAAAGCGAGGGAUUCCCAAGAGGUAAGCAGGUCGCGGGCAGCUCUCCAGCGUUACUUAUUCUACUGUAAUCGUUACAUGAACCAUAUGCAAAGUCUAAGGUUUGAACAUAAGCUGUAUGCACAAAUUAGAGCUAAAAUGGACGAGAUGCAGCACCAUAACAUGUCUUGGAUUGAAGUACAAUUUUUAAAGAAAGCUGUAGAUGUUUUAUGCCUGUGUCGCCAAACCCUUAUGUAUACCUACGUAUUUGCUUAUUAUUUAAGAAAGAACAAUCAAUCCAUAAUAUUUGAGGAUAACCAGAAAGACCUUGAACAUGCUACAGAAAAGUUGUCAGAGUAUUUAGAAAGAGAUAUUACUCAAGAUUCUUUAGUAGACAUUAAACAAAAGGUGCAAGAUAAAUAUAGGUACUGUGAAAGUAGAAGAAAGGUGUUACUGGAACAUGUGCACGAGGGGUAUGACAAGGAACUAUGGGAGUAUACAGAAUUGUAACUGAAUUACACUGUACAGUCUUGUAUAGAAUUUACACAUCCACUGUAAAGUUGUCAUAGUAAGGGGAAGGGUUCUCUAGGAGAGGACAUACUUAAAAAUAAAGCUUGGUGAAAACUAUUAUCUGUGCUUUUACUUGCAUUGUGCACUUUAUAAAAAUAUUUAAUUAUGUUCUUAUUGCCUUUAUAAGAAUUAUUGUAAUUUAUAUGGUAAUGUAGGAAAAUCCGCAAAUGUAUUAUAGGAGAAAAUUUGUUGUUUUUUGCUGAAAACUACUGUUAUAUUUUAUUUAAAGUCAAACAGUUUUAUACAUACAUACAUACAUACAUACAUACAUACAUACAUGCAUGUUGCUCUGCUUGGGAAUUAAAACUUUGUUCCUGAUAAGACAAAUGUGAUUGGCUGAGUGAAUAUACAUGGUUAGAUGUGACUGGAAUAAACUUAGUGACAAUCCUCUAACAUUACCAGCUUCAGCUACCAUAUUUCUUCUAUUAGUUGCACUUAUUUAAGUGUCUGUGGUCAAACUGAGGUCAUGUUUUAAUGACCAAGCGUAUGGUAAUGUAAUUUUUUGACCAGUCUUAUGGGAGAUGUGCCCUUAAUAGAGCAAAUAUGGUAUGGUAUGGUAGGGGAAGGGGUGUGUUACAACUGUUCUGAUUAAUGCUUUUAGCCCCAGCCUUUUUGUGUCCAAGCUCGAGUUCUGCUGCUUGUGCAAAUAUAUAAAUUUUAUAAAAGCCCCCCCCCUUCCACACUCAGAUAAUUGAAACAAGUGUCAAUUAAAAAUAUUUGAAGUGUCUUCUGCCAACAAGUAAUGAAACAGUAGCCUGUAUAAUAUUUCUCUAUAUGUCAACUGCACAUAGUACUUACUUCAUGGCACUUUUUUUUUUUAAGAAGAAAGAUAGAAUUAUUGUAAAACAAUGUAAUCCUUGCUGUGUGAAACAAUGUUUGUAUUUGUCAGAAUUUUAAGCAUGUGCUUAUAAGUCUGACAUGCAAUGCUGAUUAACCAGGUCACUGUGGUGCUACCUUUAAUGUUUGUUGACUUUGGUGGUGUAAUUGAAUGACAUUGGAUUGCCUUGAUAUAGUUUACAAUUCUCUUUAGAAACUCGUCUAUAACCCAUAAUUAAAAUAUCUAUUUUUAGAAUAUUCAUCUUUAUUUCCUUAAAAUAGCAGCAUAUGCUGCCAAGUGCAAAUAUUUUGAUGGGACGGGACGCAUUAAAGGUUCUUGAUGUGUACUCCAAAUACACCACUUGUCACAGGGAAAGAUACACCUGUAUGAGCAGAUUUUAGUGUGUUGUACAAAGUGUUUUCAAAUUAGACUACUGCUUCUGUUCUAUGCAUUUUCUUGAUUUAUUCUGUCAAAUCUAUUCAAGUGUGGUUGGUACUUGAAAAGUCCACUAAGAACUUGAAUUCCAGGGCAGUUCAUCUAAACUACUCGUGAUGAUAGUGGGCAGAACUUGUUGGCACAUUGAAAAGUUGUCCAAAUAUUUUAUAGAGUAACUUGUGUUUUCAUUAAAACAAUUUGAUUCCUUUUUUUAAAAAUUACAGUAUUGUUUUUAGAUGUUUGGUAGCUAUACCUCAUCCAUGCGUACUUGGUUCAUUGACUUUUUCCACCUGCAGCCAUUUUUUUCAGUAAUAAACCCCAAUCAUUGAAAAAAAAAU